ACAAAUAACGGUCAGCGAGACUUGAAAUUUCAAAAUUCAAUUCUUCAAAUCCUCUUUGAAGAAAAAAACGAGUUAGGGUUUUACAUAAUCGCAUCGAGAAGCGAUUUUGUUUUUCUAUCUUCUUCUGAUUCUUUUCUCCGAUCAAUUGAAUUACGUCUUCAAUGGCGUCUUCGAUUCGUUGGGUCAAUUCAAAUCGGGAACCAAGAGUUUUUGAGUUUUCGUCGAUGAUAAGUCUGACGAUUGAUAGUUACGAGGAUUAAGACUUAUCUAUUGGUUUGAAUCAGGAUCAUGUGAUAGUCCUACCAAAUCGAAGAAGGUGGCUCAGUAAGCAAAAGCAAAUGAGGGGUCGUGUCUCCUGCUUCAUGGUCCAGAGAUCCAAAAUUUCGAAGGUGAUUUUGUAGUCAAGAAGAUAGAUAUGGAUGGUGUUGAAGUGACUGCUGAAGAUUUUAAUGCAAAGCUUGACGUUUCUCUUAAGGCAUGGAAGGAUCAGGGGAAAAAGGGAAUUUGGAUAAAACUGCCUUGUGAGCUUUUAAGUCUUGUUGACGUUGCAAUUAAGAAAGGGUUUACAUACCACCAUGCCGAGAAUGAAUAUGUGAUGCUUACAUCUUGGAUCUCCGACUUGCCUAGCACUAUUCCUGCCAAUGCUUCUCAUCGUAUUGGGAUUGGUGCUCUUGUACUAAACAAGAACAGAGAGGUGCUUGUGGUUCAGGAGAUUGAUGGUGUUUUCAAAGGUACCGGACUGUGGAAGCUUCCUACCGGUGUCUCCUGCUUCAUGGUCCAGAGAAACAACAGGUGUAUCAAAGCAGUCGAAUCCCGACUUGGAUCAGACUUCAAAAGACCAUUUCCAUUUAGUAGGCAAGAGCAAAUGACGGGUUGUGUCUCCUGCUUCAUGCAGAUAUCUUUGAGGUCCAGAGAACAAAAAUUUCGUAAGGUGAUUUUGUAGCCAGGAGCAUGAGAGUGAGAUUCAAGCGAGUACAAGCGAAAACAGUGUCCUGCAUACAAAAGUAAAGAGAAAGUUUGUGGUGUUUAUUCCCUCAGCACUUCCUCUUAAGGUAAUUCAAUCUCUUUGUCUUCGCUUAGUCUCUUACACGGUUACACCAAUUGGCAUUUGAGUAGACUCUGCACAAUUCUCGUCGCUGAGAAACAGAACUUCAAGGAGAGAUUUAUCGGCCAAUGAGAAAAUGAAAGGUUAUGUAAACAAAUAAACUCUUUUUAGUCUU